CUAAUCUUUCCAAUUUUUUAGAUUUGGUUUUAUUACAGAACGGAAGUAACCAACUCCAUCAUGCCUUCAAUCAUAUUUUCUCGUCAAUUAUUUCUGCUUCUAUUGGCCUUACCGCUCAAUAUAAUGGCUGGACCUGUGUCUAAUCCAGAAGUUGCCAGUAAGUCAGCAAAAGCCAAUACAAUCCAACAACAACAACAACAACAAACAAAUCAGCAACCAAAACCCCAAGAUGCUCAUCUCAAUACCUUAAGUGUGUAUGCCAAUAAUUAUGAUUUUCUAAGCGGCAAUAAUCAAAAUUCCCUUAAUAAUGGUGAACAAUUUAAACCCUCAUACAAGCUACCCGAUAUGGAAACAAAUUUUACACCCAUACAAAAUUCUAAUAGUAUAGCGCCAGAAUUUACAGCUCCAGCACCGGUGCUGAUGCAAUAUCUGCCACAAACAAUCACCGAAGGUGGUAUGCAGUAUUUGCAAUUGAUACCCACAAGACCUUUGGUGGUACCCAUAGGUCCCUAUUUGACAAGUGGUGCCACGGCUCCUUCAUUGGGUUAUACACAAACCAUAAGUGCUGGACAUCCCUUGGAAUAUUCGGCAAGAGCCAAUGCCAUGCUGUCAACAAUGCCCGUGAAUAUUCCACCACCAGUUCCCACAUCAUUGGUGGAAGUUCCUUCGCAACCAUUACCAGCCUAUGGAAUACCCUCCUAUGCUGCUCAUUUGCAAGCACCCAAACAAAAUUAUCGCAUAAAUCGUGAGACCAAAGACAGACAUCUGCCAGGACCCUUAAAUUUGAAUUUAAAUGAAUAUAUGCCAGGACCUGGACAACCACAAACUCCAAUGCAACAGGCUGGUUUUGUAAGGGGAAGACCUUAAACAUAUGUAACACAGAGCUAACAAAGUAGUUAAAAAUCCAAAACCAAAUUUAUUUUUAUAAUUAUUUA